AUGUUUAACAAACUAUGUGAUGAUAUUAGCAAGGCUUAUGAUAGAGUAAACUGGGCUUAUCUGGAUGCGGUAUUGAGGCGGUGGGUUUUUGUGAUAAAUGGCGUGGAUGGAUGCGUUUGUGUGUCCAAACUGUUUCCUAUGACGUGUCUCUCUGCUAUGGUUAAGCACGAAACUGCUCGAGGGUCGAUGCAUGGCGUGAAAAUGGGGCACGAUGGCCCUUUCAUUUCUCAUCUUAUGUUUGCCGAUGAUUGUCUGUUCUUUUGUCGCGCCACGGCUCAAGAAUGUGAGGUUCUUAAGAGGGUGUUGAGGGAUUAUGAAGAGGCUUCUGGUCAGGCCAUUAAUCUCCAGAAAUCGAGCAUCUUCUUUAGCUCUAAUGUGGAUGAGGCUUUGCGGGCUGACAUCUCUUCUAUUAUGGGGGGAUGGCAUAACAAGAAACUCUCAAAGGCCGGAAAUGAGAUCCUCAUUAAAGGCGUUGCGCAAGCUCUUCCUUCCUUCUGCAUGGGUAUUUUUUCUCUUCCUAUCGGUUUGACUGAUGAGUUAGAAAGAAUGCUUAAUUCCUUCUGGUGGGGCAACAAUGCCGAGGUUGGAAAAGGUAUUAAGUGGCUUAAAUGGGAAAGGAUGUGCAUUGAUAAGAAAUUGGGUGGGCUAGGGUUUCGGAGCCUUCAGUUAUUGAAUGUGGCGAUGCUUGGCAAAACCUGUUGGCGGCUUAUUGAAGAACCGAAAACUCUCAUGUGUCAAGUUCUGCAUGCCAAGUAUUACCCAAAUGGGGAUUUUCUCUCGGCAAGUUUGGGUCAUAAUCCGAGUUACACCUGGAGGAGUAUCAUUUCGGCCCAAGAUCUGGUUAGGCGUGGUACCCGUUGGCGGAUUGGUGAUGGCUCUGGGGUUCGCUUUUUUCAUGAUCCUUGGCUGUGUACGAAGGCGAACUUCUGGCCCUCUCGUGAGCUUUGCCCCCCUCAUCUGGAGUUGGUUCUGGAGGCUGAUAUUCACAAGAUUAUGAGCACUGCGGUGUUCCCCAGCUCUGGUGUGGAUAAACUUAUCUGGCACUACACGCCUAAUGGUCGGUAUUCUGUUAAGUCGGCUUAUCAACUUGCGAGUUCUCUUACUUUGGAUGUCACGCAUAAUGUGGAAGGGCAUUGGAGUAGUCUUUGGAAGCUUGCUGUUCCGCCUAAAGUUAAGAGUUUCCUUUGGCGUGCGGCUAGGGAUAAUCUUCCCUCAAAGUUUUUGUUUUAUGUUGUUGAGCAUACAGAUUCCUCUUUCAAAAUUAGAGUUUGCAUGUUACUCUGGCAAAUCUGGAAGGAUAGAAAUGGUACAGUCUGGAACAAUAAGUCUCCUGUCCCGGCGGCUUCGGUUAUGGCAGCAGCCUCGGCGUGGGCCGAGUGGAGUUCCGUGCGAGCUUCUGCUGCUCGUUCGAGUCCUCAGCAGAUCGCUCUGGCUGUCUGCCUUGGUUGGCAUUCCCUUCCUCCUGGCGUUAUUCAGUGCAAUGUUGAUGCCGCCUUUUUUGCUGAGGAAAAGAUGAUGGGUUUAGGAAUGGUUGUCAGGAAUCAUCAUGGGGAGUUUGUCGUGGGACGGUCCAUCAUCUUAUCAGGAUGCCGGAGUGUGGAGGAGGGGGAGCUUAUCGGCAUUAAGGAAGCUUUGUCGUGGAUCAAGGAGUUGGGUUUUCUUAAGGGUGUGUUGGAGUCGGAUUGCAAACGGGCAUGUGAUGCGAUUGGUUCGGCGGGGAGGAAUAUUUCUGAAAUGGGCGUCUUGGCCUCUUUGUGUCGAGCUGAGCUCGCUUUGCUUCCGGAUUUUAGUCUUCGUUUUGUUAAGCGUGAGUAUAACGCGAUCGCUCAUUGUCUAGCGAAAGCUGCGAGAGAUUUUAUUUCACAUCAUGUUUGGACUGAACCCCCGGACUUUGUGGCGGGUCUUUUCCAUAUCCCAUGUUCUUGUGAGCAAUAA